AUGUCUUCGAAUGAUACAAGUAUUGUUCAACUUCAAUUAGUUACUAAAUAUAUAGCUUUUGCAGUUGGUUUUCCAGUACUUAUAAUUGGCAUUGUGGGUAAUCUUAUGAAUAUUAUUGUGUUUCUUAGUUUGGGUAAUUAUAAAACAAAUGCAAGUUCAUUUUAUAUGCUUGCUAAAUCAUUUUUUGAUUUAAAUGUACUUAUUAUUGGUCUGAUUGGUCAUAUUAUAAUUCAAGGUUUUCGUUCAUAUGCUGUGACAAGUGGAAGUUGGUGUAGAUUUCGUAUUCCAUUAUUAUAUAUAAAUUCUCUUUGUUCUUACACUUGUCUUUGUUUACAAUCAAUUGAUUCAUUUUUAUGUUCUUCUCAAAAUACGAUCUUACGUCAACAAAGUACUGUUCGACGAGCUCAUUAUUUAGUUAUUGGAUUUUUAUUUGUUUGGAUUUGUAAUGAAGCUCCAUAUUAUUUUAUGCAACAAGUUAAUUUCAUACCCAAUUGGAGAUGUCAAACAACAAAUACAAUCUAUGCACAAUAUCGAAGUUAUUUUACGAUAUUAGGAUUAUCUAAUAUUAUUCCGAUUUUAAUAAUCAGUUUAUUUGGAUAUCUUUCUUAUCGAAAUAUGCAUAGAUUACAUAUAAAUCAACGUACAUUUUCUAUUUUUAAUAGACAAACAAUAAAAAUGGCUUUAUUCACAAUUUCUAUUGUCUUAAUGUUUCAAGCUCCAUAUACGAUUGCACAAAUCUAUUUUACUUCUACAGUAAAUAUUGCUAAAAGUAUUUAUCGUCAAACACAAGAACAAUUAGCAAAUGUUUUUUUCUUUAUUUAUGCUUAUAAUACAAAUGCAAGUUCUUUCUAUUGUUAUUGUGCAGCUUCGAAACGAUUUCGACAACAAGUUCUACAAGUAUUCAACAAAUUGACAAUUAACCAAAGAAGAAAUCGGAUUAUUCCAUUUAAUCAAACUGGCCGUAUACUUACUCCAAAAUCGUCAUUUCGUUUGGGAAAAUGA